GUCUAUGCAUAUAAUUUCCAUAUUUGUAUUAUGGAUGAGAAACUUCUAUGAAGACAAGGCAGAAAUACUGUGUUUCCAUUGUUUCUCAGUAAUUCAGUCAUUAGAUAUAUAUUAUGUUGCUAUUUUUAUUCAUUCUCUUCUCAACAGACAUUCCUUAGAAAUUUUAAGUCCUACCGAGGAUCCUUCCAACCCUGGUUGUAAUGUGGGUUCAUCUGGGUAUAGUGGUGGUAGUGGUAUUGGUGGCAGUGGGAGCAUGCCAGGAACUACAGUAGACCUGCCUCAGGAAACCCCUGUUACUGGAGAGCAAACAGUGUUGACGGAACUUCAAGGUUCACCAAGAAUACAGCCAUCUACCAUCUCGUUAAGCUCUCUAGGGUUAUCAUCGUCUACACAACAAGUGACAGCAACCACAUUUUAUGUGGCCUUAUACUCUUACCGAGGACGGAAAGCUGAUGAGCUAGAAUUAAGAAAGGGCUACAUAUACACUGUGACAGAAAAAUGUCAAGAUGGAUGGUUCAAAGGGCGUUGUAUUACAACUGACAGAACUGGUGUCUUCCCUGGGAACUACGUUCAAGUUGCCAA